GCACCACAGCGCCGUCAUAAACAAAUCGGUGAUGUGGGUGCUUGGUGGGUAUGGCGGCGAUUACUUGACUGAUCUUUGGUCUAUCAACCUUGAGGACGGAGAUUUUCGGUGGACACCAGCCAACGUCUCGAGCUUCCCCGCUUUAAGCAUCGAGCGUCACACAGCUGUUUUGACAUCGGCAGGGGUGAUGUGGGUCUUUGGCGGCGGUGGGCUUUGGUCCAUCAACCUUGCCGCCCAAACCUUGGCUUGGGAGAGAGCUUGGGAGGCCUUGCCAGGCCGCCCUGGCCUGAGCCCAAGCGAGCGCAAGGCUCACACGGCGGUUCUCACGGCCUCGAAUGUGAUGUGGGUUUUUGGUGGCUGGGGCUGGGACGGCCAGGGCCAGGCUUAUCUGAGUGAUCUGUGGUCCAUCGAUUUGGAGGCAGGAGCUCUAGUUUGGUUGCAGGCUUCUUCAUCGAACAGUCCCAGCGGUCGCGGGGACCACACGGCCGUCCUCACUUCGGGGAACGUGAUGUGGGUGUUUGGUGGCAAGACUGCAAACGGAACUGUCAACGACCUGCUGUCCGUCAACCUGGAGCAUCAAUCGCCUUUGUCCUGGGAUGCUGCGGACUCGUCGAUCACGGAGCUCGGCCCGAGUAGCCGAGGUGGCUCCAAAGCAGUCAUCACAGCGGCUGGAGUGAUGUGGAUCUUUGGCGGCCACGACGGCAGCCGUGUAUCGGACGAUCUCUGGUUCAUCGACCUCGAGGCCACGAACCUGUUUUGGACGAAAGCCUCUUCGGCCUCACCGGCUCCUCGCGAAGGGCACAGUGUUGCCCUGGCCCCCUCCGGGAUGAUGUGGCUCUUUGGUGGCUAUGACGGCAGCUCUUACCUGAAUGAUCUCCGUUCUGCGAACCUUCUCGAGAUCGGGAGCCAAAGUGACACGCUUGGCUUCUCAUCCGGGCUCUGGACCAAUACUGAACUCUUGAACACUGACUCACCAGUCGAAGAGCAAGCUGAUGCCAAGUAUGACUCCUACCUUUCCGAGCCCUUCACCACAAUUCGCAUGUGCGUUGGAAGUCCUACUGGUGCAUGUGUGACACACAACUUCCGACAGGGAUUCCGCAGUGCCCGCGAGCUGUUCUCCGCCGGUUACAUCCGAGACGAGUCGGUGUAUCGAGAUGGUAUACUGGAUGCCUUUGGAGUUCCUGUGGGCUCCUACCAGGCCUGUCCAAUGCAAAGACCUGGGUUCAACAUUGAGUGUGUGGACGGCAACAAAGCGCGUUGGGGCUUCUGCCUCAACUGUGUGAGCCAGACGUGCCAGAACGAUGACAGUGAUGAUGCCGAUGCUGCCAUUGGGAUUGGCCUUGCGGGUCAAGCAACUUCUUCCGAGAUUGGAGCUGGUUGGACAUCUCAUUUUGCUGCUGCGGCCGGCUCGUGCAUGGACAAUAUUCCGACAUACAGAAGUGUAUGGCUUUGGGUGAGGCGCGCUGCCGUGGUGGCAGUUCCGAUUCCAUGGACAGCACCAGUGAUCGAUGUCAGCGCGCUUCCCCCUGCUCGCGAGUUGUCCAGCUCUGUCGUUACUGCCUCCGGGGUGAUGUGGAUCUUCGGCGGGGCGGGUGAUCCUGACCUACUCAACGAUUUGUGGUACAGACACCUUCAGGUGCCGCACUCUGUUUGGGUGCAGGUCACUACACUCCACAGACCCAGCGCCCGAACAGGGCACAGCGCUGUGGUUUCACCUGCCGGCCUGAUGUGGGUCUUCGGUGGGGGCGGUGGCUGGUUCAGGGAGACUGAUGGUUUUAGGCUGAACGAUCUGUGGCACAUCGAUCUCGAGUCUCCAUCCCCAAGCUGGACGGAGGUCAAUGUGCCAAUAGCGCCCAGCGCUCGCUAUCGCCAUACGGCCGUGCUCAGUUCGGGGAGGAUGUGGGUGUUCGGUGGGCUCGAAAUCACUUACUACCUGAAUGAUCUUUGGUCCAUGGACCUCACGGACCUCACGGACCUGGAGGCUUUGCGGUGGGCAGAGGCAUCCACCUUCGGAGAGCCUGAAGGCCGAGCCUCCCACACAGCCGUCAUUUUGGACGGAGUGAUGUGGGUUCACGGUGGCUACACUGCCGGCCAGGGGGCUGACUCCGCAAUCAGCGAACUCUGGUCCAUCGACCUGGAGGCUCGACCUCUGGUUUGGUCGGAGGUUCCAAGUGACAGCCUCCUGGCGCGUGCCGGUCACAGAGGCGUUGUCACAAAUGGAGCCCUGUGGUUCUUUGGAGGGGCCACGGCUUACUGGGAAAGACAUGAGGAGAUGUCUUGCAUUGAUCUUGAGGCUGUCCCCCCACGUCAGGGCAUCUUGUCCGUGCCCAAGGGGCCAGAUGCUCGCUGGCAACCAGAAUCGGUGGUCACAGCUGGACUCUUUGUGGUUUUUGGGGGAUAUGUGAAUGGGCCAGACAAUGAUCUGUGGACCCUCAACAUUGCCUCCAGCACUUGCACUUGGGCCACACAGGAGAGGCCGGGGAUGUGGACGAGAACCAGCCUACUUCCUCGUCCAAGCAGUCGUAAUGCACACGGCGCCGCUCUCGGGCCGAAUGCUUCGAUGUGGAUCUUUGGCGGGUGGGACGGCAGUACCGUUGGGGAUCUUUGGUCUCUUGGCCUCGAGGAUUCGCCCGAGGCGCCCAUGGAGUGGAUGCAGGCUUCGGUCAGCAGUCCGGGAUCCUUCUACAACCCAGUCACUGUCGUAACGGAGAAUCUCUUGUGGCUCUUUGGUGGGUAUGGUGAUGGUCCACACUGCGGUGGGUGGAGCAACCAACUCUACUCGAUUGAUCUCUCAGCCUCUUCACUGGCUUGGACAGAUCACGGAGGCUACGGGUAUCCACGCAACAAACACAGCGGCGUCGUCACAUCGACCGGAGUGAUGUGGGUGUUCGGCGGUAACUUGUGCCGCGAGUAUUAUUCCACCGACGAUGUCGGACAUUUCAUCUCUAUCGACCUACGGGCCCAGGUCUUGAGCUACGCCAGCCACUCUAGCUACAACGAGCCAUCUUGGCGAAAGGAGCACAGCGCUGUUGUCACAGCAGCCGGCGUGAUGUGGCUGUUCGGCGGGGACGAUGAGAGCACUAGAUUGUCCGACCUGUAUUCCAUCGACCUCAACGCUUCGCCCCUCGUUUGGGCAGAAUACGUAUUGGCGGGCCCUGCGGCACGCAGUGGACAUAGUGCUGCUCUCAGAGGUGGUGAGAUGUGGAUCUUCGGUGGGCAAGCCAAGGACGGCAGUUACUAUAAUGUCCCAUGGUUCAUCGAUGUCGAGGCCACUACGCUGAUGUGGGUGGAGGUCUUGUCGAGUGGGUCGAAUGCCGCGGAUGUCCCAGUAGGGCGCCACCGCACGAGCACCGUCAUCGCUGCAGGUGCUCUCUGGGUGCUCGGUGGCUGGGGUGCGGGUGGUUUGCUGGAUGAGCUCUGGUCCAUGCAGACUGAGAGCACCACCACCAGCACGACAAGCUCUUCCAGCUCGACGACAAGUACCCACUACACCCCUUGCCCGGCUGGAAGCUACAAGAUCAUCUCAGAUGCUCCCUGCGAGCCAUGCCCCAUCGGAAAGUUCAACAAUGAAACAGGGGCACUUUCACUGGAUGCAUGCCAAGACUGCCCAGUGGGUUCCAUAACAAGAGACGAAGGAGCGAAUCACGUGGAUCUCUGUGUCCGCCCACUGGGCACACACAGCCUGGAGUGUGUUUCUGGCCAGGUCUGUGCUGUGAGCCUCAAUGGAUUCAGCUUGCAAGAUGGCCACCAACUGGCGAUGCUUUCAUCUGGCUGUGCUGGCACGGCGCUUCAAGUACCAAACGUGCCCGAUUCAGGGGUAUCCAAGACAGCGACCCAGGAGGGACGCUUGUAUGUGUGGGGGGAGGCUUCCACAGAUUUCACCCCCGAAGGCGGCUUUUACAGCCUCUGCUGGUGUCCGAACAUGCACGAACGGAUGUGUGCAGAGUUGCAAGAUUUUCAGUUCUCAGCCGGGCAGCUCAAGGUGUCCGGACCCCUGAGCAAUCAUUUCUUCCAAUGUGCCCGUGGACAAGAUUGCAAAGCUCUAGGGCCGGUACAAGGGGUGGAUCUUUCCACGCAGGACCAGGCGGGAGUUUCCAAAGGGGGCCCCCUAACAUAG